CUGGAGCUUUAUAAAACUUCAGCCCAGAGGCUCCAGCUCUGUGAACUGCAUCCUAUUUCCCUGCUCCUGUCAGUCUGUGAGGACAUCAGCUCUUUCUUUGGCAUACUGAUGGCAGCAGAGCCCCUGACUGAAAUGGAGGCGGCCAUUGAGACCAUAAUGGACACGUUACACACUUAUGCAGUGAGCGAAGACUGGGGUUUCUGCCUGAGCUUCAAAGUGUUUAAGAAACUGGUCAACCAAGAGCUGCCUCAUUUUCUCAAGGAUAUGGGCUCUCUAGAUGAGAAGAUGAAGAGCUUGGAUGUGAACCAGGACUCAGAGCUGAAAUUCAACGAGUACUGGAGACUGAUCGGGGAAUUGGCAAAGGCAAUCUGGGAGGAGAAGGUCCUGGUGGUCCUGAAGGAGUAAAGCCUUCUUGUUGGGAUGGGGGUCAGCAGGGUCUGCUGGACUGGGCCAGGCAAAGCUUCCCUCCGUCCAAAUAAA